CGCGUGUGUAUGUGGAGAAGGGCGGGGCAUGCAUCACGUGUCUCAUCGAUUUCCGGUUCCGGCUUCACCAUACCGUGCCCCACCCACCACAACGCUACUUGCCCCGUGAUGCUGCUGAACCGCGUGGUGAGACGCGCCGGGCUGGCGAGGGCGAUCGCUUGGUGCGGCCCACAGGCCAGCAGGGAGAAGCACAUGUCCCCAGUCGACCUCCGUGAAGGUAUGGCGCUCCCGUCCACCUGGGACCGCUUCUACGCGGAGAAGCGCGCCGGCGACUUCCGCCACUUCGACUGGUUUUUCGGCUACAGCGCCGUCUCGGAGCAGCUGGUGCCGUUCGUGCGCGGCGGGGCCCGCGACGGAGCGUGCCACGUGUUGGACGUGGGCUGCGGCACGUCGGACUUUGGCGCGUCGCUCUACCGCGCCUCGCGCCUGCCCGUGCACGUGAGCUGCGUCGACUUCUCGCCUGUCGCUGUGGAGCUGAUGGAACGCCAGUGGCGCGAGCGCCCGCCGGCGCCCGGACACCCGUCCUCCACGCUGCGCUUCAUGCUGGCCGACGCGGCCCGCCUAGGCGGCCUUCCGGGCUUUGAGGACGGUGCCUUCGGCCUCGUGCUGGACAAGGGCACGGUGGACGCGGCAAUCCGCGCCAACGACGGGGGGCGAGCGGCGCGCCGGCUGCUCGCCGAGGGGCUGCGCCUGCUGCGGCCCGGCUGCGGCGCCCUGCUGCAGUUCUCGGACGAAGACCCCGACGCGCGCUGCCCCUGGCUGGAGGAGGCGGCGGCGGUGGCCGGCGGGGGGCCAGGCCGCGUGGCCGUGACGGCCCGCGAGCUGGGAGAGUUUCGAGGCGUCGCAUACUACAUGUACGUGCUGCGCAAGCAGGAAGUUGACGAUGACGAAGAUGACGACGACGACGACGAUGAUAAGAAAAAGGACUGAGGAGGAGUGGUGCUGGUAGAUGGAAGAGUGUCCGGUGCGGUACGAUUACUCGGCAUGUAAUGAUUAAACACCCCUCCCCAACUAAUAUACCUUGCAAUUUGGGGUUGCAACAUAAUUUUGGUUCAUGAAUCGAAUAGACAUCAAUUCUAGUCUUAUUUUUACCAUCCCGUUUCUUUAGUUUAUUAUGGACAGUUUUACUGGCUUCUUUAGUGUAUAUUAAAUAAAAAAAUAUUAGUAAAUUGUUAAACAUUUCCUCUUGUAAAGCCUCUAGUGGCUGCAGGGUUCACAUGAGUGAAUUACUAAAAAAAA